AUGAUUGGAUAUGUCGACACAUCCGAUGGACGCAAGUAUGUUGAUUUUGGGGAUCCACUACUUGAAAAAGCUCUCAAAAUCCUGACAGGGAAGUAUUACCCUGUUGAUGAUUUCUUCCUGCAUGACCAGGAAUAUUCGGAACAAUGGGGAUGGCAUGUACUGUUAAUCGACCAAGAAUGGUUACUAGAACCAUUGUUCUGCAUGGACAAAUGGAUGGGUGUUCCUAAGAAAACCAUCAAGAAGCAAGCCCGAAGUCUCACACACCAGAAUAGAUGGACAUGCAUGGGCAAUGUGAUGCCCCAAUUCAUUGCCAAAUACCUCAUGGCACUAGCACCUGUUGGGCCUGAUGGAAUCAAUUAUUAA